AUUAUGGGAGCAGUAUGUGGAAUACUCCUUCGCAUGGCAGCUCCUAUUAAUCCUGAUGUCGUCAUGUUGAUAGCCUUCCCAGGAGAUAUUUUGAUGCGGAUGUUGAAAAUGUUGAUCCUCCCUUUAAUUAUCUCAAGUUUAAUCACAGGGCUGUCUGGACUGGAUGCUAAGGCCAGCGGUCGAUUGGGGACGAGAGCUAUGGUAUAUUACAUGUCCACAACAAUCAUUGCUGCUGUCCUGGGAGUGAUCUUGGUGUUAGCCAUUCAUCCUGGCAAUCCAAAACUCAAGAAGCAGCUGGGAGAAGGAAAGAAGAAUGACGAAGUAUCCAGUCUUGAUGCUUUCUUGGACCUUAUUCGAAACUUGUUCCCUGAAAAUCUUGUGCAAGCAUGUUUUCAACAGAUUCAAACAGUUACCAAAAAAGUCCUCAUGCCACAAGAAAUGGAAGAGCCAUCUAAUGUUACAGAUUCCAUCUUUACCAUCGUGAAUGAAACAGAAGUGACUCCAGAGCCUCAAUUAAUUAUUAAGAAGGCCCUUGAGUUUAAGGAUGGAAUGAAUGUCUUAGGCCUCAUUGGGUUUUUCAUUGCUUUUGGUAUCGUAAUGGGCAAGAUGGGAGAACAAGCCAAGAUGAUGGUGGAUUUCUUCAACAUCUUGAAUGAGAUUGUAAUGAAAUUAGUAAUUAUGAUCAUGUGGUAUUCUCCAUUGGGCAUUGCGUGCCUCAUUUGUGGAAAAAUCAUUGCAAUCAAGGAUUUGGAAGUAGUUGCUCGACAGCUUGGCAUGUACAUGGUAACCGUGAUUGUAGGUCUUCUCAUCCAUGGAGGGAUUUUUUUGCCUCUGUUGUAUUUUGUAAUUACGAGAAAAAAUCCUUUCUCAUUUUUUGCUGGGAUCUUUCAAGCAUGGAUCACUGCUCUAGGCACAGCUUCAAGUGCUGGUACCUUGCCUGUUACUUUUCGCUGCCUUGAAGAAAAUCUGGGCAUUGAUAAGCGUGUGACAAGGUUUGUCUUGCCCGUUGGAGCCACAAUUAAUAUGGAUGGAACUGCCCUUUAUGAAGCAGUGGCUGCCAUCUUCAUAGCACAGAUGAAUGGCAUUAAUUUGGACGGCGGACAGAUAGUCACUGUCAGUUUGACAGCCACUCUUGCCAGUGUUGGAGCUGCAAGUAUACCUAGUGCGGGACUGGUGACCAUGCUUCUUAUCCUCACUGCAGUAGGACUUCCCACCCAGGAUAUAAGCUUACUUGUGGCGGUAGAUUGGCUCUUAGAUCGAAUGAGAACAUCUGUCAACGUAGUAGGAGACUCCUUCGGAGCUGGCAUUGUUUAUCAUCUAUCCAAGGCAGAAUUGGAAAACCUUGAUGCCCACCACAAGAUACAUGAAGAUAUUGAAAUGACUAAGACUCAGUCAAUUUAUGAUGAUCUGAAAAACCACAGGGAAAACAACUCAAACCAAUGUGUUUACACAGCUCACAACUCUGUCAUAAUAGAUGAAUGCAAGGUAACCUUGGCAACCAAUGGCAAAUCUGCAGACUUCAAUGCUGUUGAAGAAGAACAUCGGAAACAUGAGAAAUAAGAUGGAAAAUCUACAGGUCCAUCUUGAAUAAGUCCCUGAAGUUGUCUUUUGGUAAAGCAGAUAUCAAGAUCCAAGAUUUUCCACUGUUUUUAUUUAGCAUAGAAAUGCGCUUACUUAAUGCUGUUAACUGAAACUUAGCAAUGGUCUUGUGAAGUCUCUGCUCUUUUAGUUUCUUGGCCAAAUAAUUCAUUUUAUUUUAUAAUUUGUUUGGAUGUAAGAGAAAUAUUUGGUUGGGUUUCCUCCUCCUGUUCCAAACAGAGAAAAUGUAGGCAUUUAAAGAAGAAAGAUUUUUAAAGGCACAAUAUAGCUGAUUUGCUUCAGGGACGAAAUAUUUAGCAUUAAGUAAGGGGUACAUCAUGCAGAAUCUCCCUCCUGCUGAAUACCUGUGAACCUGUAUCUUGAUGCGUACUGAAUACAGUGAACAUGUAAUGUAAGACAUUAUUUCUUCAAUGCUUUUCAUGUGCUUUACUUUGCAUAUGGUUUUCUUCAAUUCCCUUUUCUUCAAGCUGUCUUAAAAUAAGUGAUAUACCUUAAAAAAAAAAAAGAAUCCCAGUUCCAAACUCCAGUGAAUGCCAAUACAUGCAAAAAAACAAAGUAUUUUUAAUGAUAAAUUCCUCAUCUCUCCAUUCUAGUUCUAUAAACAGUCAACCUUUUUGAGAUCAAAAAGGCAGAAUACAGUUUUUACACAACUGAAUUGGAUACAUUUAUGAUUGUGGGUUCAUUUCCCUGUGGAAUGUCCUUGCAGUAGGCAAAUUUGUGACGCUGGAAUUAAACAAAUGACAUGUUUGCGCAGCUAACAAUCCAUGCCAGGAAGUAUGCAUACUUAACCUGAGAAGAUAUUCAACAGUUAGCAGAAUCUUAAUAAAUCUAUAAAAGCAGGAAAUAGUCAUAUUUGUAUGGAUCGAAAAGCAUCAAGAAAUCACAGGAAUGCUAUUGCAGUAGUUUAUCAUACUGAAACUAACCCAAUGCCAAUUGCUCAGCAUGCACCCUUCUGUUUUCCCCAAUCAUAUCUUACUGCUUCUUUGUUGUGAUUUGAGAGUGCUUCUUUUUAGGGAAGGUAUCAUCUGCUAGUCAUUCCUCUUUUGUCAUUCCUUUUCCUAAGAAGAACUAAGUUAUAUUUAGCAUCUUGCAUCAGUUAGUUAUUUAAGCAGGGCUAAGAUUUUCCUGUAAGUACUAUAUAUCUUCCCACCCAGUAUGUUGAAUCUUAAGUGUGUUAAGUAUAAUUAGUUUGGCAAAUAUCAAUUCACUUCUCUGGAAUAUUUGCUAUGGCACUAAACGUGUGAUUAUUUCUUUGCCUCAAUACUUCAGAACAACAACUCUUGCAAAAGUGAUGCCAAUUUAAUAGUUGAUAGUCUUUUCAAGCUAGUGUUAUUCUCUGUAGAAAUAUGAAAAGAUCAGACAGAGCUACAUUUCUCCUUUUUGUUCCAGAGUAUUAAAUAAUUGGCCCUGGUGAGAGCAGAGGUUUGGAUGUAACUCCCACAUCCACAUUCAUAUUUCUCUUUCUCUUACUUUUGGUGAACUCUGCAGGCAGUAUAAUUUAAUUUUAAAAAAAACACAGGAUAGAUAUAAGGAAGGCACAACUCUUAACAUCUCCUUUUCAAGUCAGGUCUAGCACAUUGUCUCUGCGUGUAUUAACAGGGAAAAAAGAGAACUCUUAAAUUUUACACAGACGAGCACAUAGUCCUUAUGGAGAAGUGCAUUUGUGGCUAUCACAUGUUGGCGCAAUUUUUGUCAUAAGAAAUCCACACUGAAGCGCCUUUUAGGAUUUUCUUAGUCACUAAAAAAAGAUAUGUUUGUGCUCAGUGUCACAUUAUAUUUCCCCUUCACUUUGAAGAAGCGAAGCACUGACAACUAACGUAAGCAUAGGUUCCUUUACAGGGGGACAAUUUCUGACAUGCUAAUUGAAAAUAAGUCAUGGGUUCCUUUCAAAACACACUGAGAAGGAAGCUCUCAAAUUAAAAUAAGAAAAAAUUGCAAUUUUGCAAUUAGAGAUUUCUGACAUUUUACAUAAGAAAAAAAAAAGCCUAGUGUGGUAUUUGGGAAAACAUUUUUGGACAUUUCAUAACUCAGGGAAUUUCUGGUUCUUAAAAACAAAGCCACACUUUAUUUACAAUCAGGGAUAUUCAUGGGGAUAUCAAAAAAGUCAAUUUGGCCUUAUAAUUAAAGUCCUACAUGUUUUUUAGAUACAUGGCUUACCAACAAUAUAACAAGAAGAGGUGACCAAUCAUGCUCAGCAUUUGAUUCCUGAAUGAAUUCUAAUGCUCUGUAUUCUGCUGUGGUAACCAACAAAUUUAACUGUCCACAGUCUUUCCAUUUCACAGUACAAAAUGGAACCUUAACCAUUAUCCCACCUUCUUUAUCUAGGGUAACUACCGUAGUUUCUGAAUUUCCAAAAAGAAAGAUGCAGAAGGAUUCUGCAAUGCUAGUUUAUAAACGUUGCCUGUUUGUGUCAACAUGCUUUUCAUUUGCAAAUACAAAGUAUAGUAACAAUUGCAUUCUAUAUUUUUUUCUCAGUAGUCAAGAUUUUCCUCCAUAGUAAUGCCCCCAUUGUUGGUAACAUUCAUGAUUAAUAAUUACCUAUUCAUAUAAUACUUAAGCAUUUCUGCAAUGUAAUCCCUGAUGUGCAAUAAUUUAUUUCUUGCCUGUGCAAUUAAGACGUGUGAUAGCUACCUAGAAACUCAACAAAAGAAAACAAUUAGGAAUUUCAUCCGUAGGAAACAAUUUUGCACCAGCACUUUGCACUUCAUUCAAGUCCAAUUUGUUAAUUUGCAUUAUAAACCCAGCUUUGCUUAUAAUUAGGUAGAUUGAUUAGAUAAAAGGGGGGACCUGAACAAGCAAAAUUCCAUUUAUUUGAAAUGGCAUUGCAAACCUGAGAAAUUCUGGCCACCUUGAAGAGAACAUCUUCCCAUAAUUCCACUCUUGGUAUUGUUUGAUUCAUGGAGUUCAACAGAAUGAUCAUUUGUUUUCUCUAUGGUGCUACUAUAUGCUCCCCACUUUUUAUAACCAGGCUGAAGUAAGUUACAGCAGUGCUAACAAAAAAAGUAUUAUAUUUACAUGCAUGAGAAAACAUUUGUUUUUAACCCAUUUUUAAAUCAAUAAUAUCUUUUUAGCAAGCUGAAAUGCAUUUUGCCUCACUUGUAGAUAUGAUCAAAUCUCUAGAUACUCUUCAGCUUUUAAAAAUGUCUUUUCAUAUGAGGAGUAGUUUUGCACUUAUUUUUCACCUAUCUAUAUUUCUCUUAACAUUGCUCAAAAAGAUUAAUAUAAACAUCUUUAUCAAACCCCAAAAAACUGGCUUUCACAUCCCACUGCAAUGUGGGAUGUCAGGAAUUCUCUUUUAUAUGCAUCCUCUUUACUUUUCAAAAUUGUAUCUCCUGCUAGUGAGACUGAUUCUGUAAAGUCAGAGAAGAUGGACACUGCAACUUUGACAAAUCUGAAUUCAAAAUAGUAAGAAUAUGUACCUUACAUCUAGGGUUGCAUUUUUAUACAUCUGCUGUUCCACCAAGCCUAAUGCUAAUUGGUGGCUAAUCCAUUCACAUAUGAUUCUAUUCCUUUGAUUGCAUGCUUCUAAAUUGAGUUAAUAACUCCAUGAAAUUAUUUGUUAACUCUUAACAGAGGAAAAUCUCAUACCAUAGGGUUUUACCCAAGAAAAUGUAAAUGCUGGUGAGAAUUAGAAUCAGAAUCAUUAGAAUCCUGAAGUUAUACAUUGGAGAACGUGCAUGGUGUGGAUUUACAGAAUCCAGACCUCUCUCAUUCUCAGAACAUGUAGGAUGGAAUAGAGAACCAAAUUUUUUAAAAAAAUGACCCAUGCCAGUAACCCAUUAAGUAUGAUGUCUGAAAAUGCCACAUCAACAUCUAAAAAACAUGGCUUUUCCAUCUUUUAUUCUCUCUAUCCUCAUCCCCAAACAAUAGGAAAGUUUAUUGCUGAUCUCAUUUUUUAAACCAACUUUAUCCACAUGUUUAAUGUUGCAAUUCACAGGCUGCUAGAGUAAUAUUUUAUUAAAAAUACUUUUUAAAAAUCAGAAGAACCACAAUUUUUAGCUAUGUGGAAACUCCCAUCUUUUAAAAUGAGCUCUUCUGAAAAAAAGGAAGCCACUUGGAAUUAGAUUCAAUAUAGCACUGAUUGCCUCAAGCAAGGUCUGUAAAUCAUAUUUUAGGAUAUGCCAAUCUUUCACAUUAGAAAACAGUGUAUUGUAUGUAACUUAAAUACUUCCUCUUAAAAUUAUAUUUUAUUUUGCUAUAACUUUGACACUUUAUUUUCAGAGCUAUGGGGUGGGUUUAAUCAGUGCUAUAUAUCUCAACAUUCCAUUAUCUUUAUUUCAAAGCUGCUUCUUCAAUUUUCUGUUGACGACUGUAACAAAAUCUUCCUUCCUUCCUAAUGCAUGAAUGGUAAUUUAUGGAAUGCAUGAGGUGUAUUUCUCCUUAUUUUAAUUUAGCCAUUUAUUCUUCUGCAACCCUGAUAUACACUGUAGAAUGAAUUAACUUAUUUCUGGCAUCUGUAAUUUACAAACAUUUUGCAGAGGUUAUUUUCUUAUACCAGUUGCAGACAGUUAUUUUAUUAUACAACCAUAUAAGCAAGCAAGAAAAAAAGGUAUAAUCCUUUUAAGGAAGAUUCUUUUGUAACAAACUCUGAUAAAUGAGAUUUGUGACUGGGUUCAUGCAACACAUUAAGCCAUUGUAUCAGUGGGUUGGUUUUGACCUAGCACAACAUACGAACUCAGCUCUUGAGGCUUGCAAACCAUGAUUUAUAGCUGAGAAUUAUAUAAAGCAGGCCACUACAGCUUGUUCCACAAACCAUGGUUAAAAUAAACUAUGACUUGUGUGACAGAUGAAACCAGCCACUGUUAUGUUAUGUUAAAUUAACAUAACUCUUUAAAUUUUAUAACUUUAAGCAAAGCACAAAUGGAAGUUAAAGGUGUCUUUAUGCUACAGUUCAUUAUGGAACACUAUUACAGUAUUAAUAUAGAUUUGAGAUUGAGCCUUUUUUUUAUACUUAGCUUGUUUUUUACCAGGAUAAUUCCAGAAUGUCUCUACCCUACAGAUAAAUAUUCUGAUUCAGAAUAUAUUUUGUUUUAAUGUACUUACUUGCCAUUAUUUUCAAUGGAAUUAAUUUACAAAAUCCAUAUACUUUAGGAUUACAGCUUUUGAAGGGGGAAAAAACCCUAAUCUAUUUAUGCCCAGAGUCAGUAAGGCUCAACUUGGUGUCCAAGAUUUGCAUCAAAUAGCAUUUCAUGAGUUUGGUAGGUCUUCCAUGGAAAUGAUGAUGCGGACAGAAUGAAGUGUCUGCUUUUGUUUAUGUACCAAAUUCCCAAAUCAAUGUUUAAUGGUUACGUUUCUUCAGUAAUGUGACACUUCACAUCCCAUACUGACAGAGAGAAAUGUUAUCUUCUCAAACAGUAUUAAGAUAUAGUAUUUGCCUAACGAUUGAAUGAAAAAAGAUUACUGACACCAGGAAUUAUUUGUUAAGCUACUAAUGAACUCUGUUGGUUUAAACUGUUCUAGUUUUUAGAUACAUUUUGUUGAGAUAUACAAAGACAAAAAUUAAAGCUACAUAAGUUCAAAAUGUAUAAGGAACUGCAGCAUUUGAUCUCACAUCUUUGCCUUUCUACAAAAGGACCAAACUACAUUCUUUAGGGGAUUAUAUCAACUGAAUAGCACAUAUAUAAAUACCUCCUAAUUUUUAAAACAUUUAUAAAAUAAAAAAGCAAGCAAUAUAUUUUUUCACCAUAAUUAUCGAAAUCUGUUUUUCUUCCUUUAUUAACAGUUAAUUACAAAAUACCUAUAUUGCUAAUGCCUUGUUAUUAUCCAAGCACAUUGAGAGAGCAAAUAAAUUUUUAAAACCCAAAUUAUAGUUUGAAUAUGAGUCAGGCUCUGCCCCUUUUAGCAUACGGCUGCACAAAAUUGAAGAGGCGAAACCUACAGUAACAAUUGACUCUAUGAAACAGGUAUAUACGUAACUUGUGCAACCUGUCAUGUAUGACCUGCAAAUGAAUGAAUAUCUGUACAGUAGGUAGGGGCAGUACAUUAUUGUGAUCUUAUUUUGUAAUACUCCUCUAUUUUAAAGCAGAGUUUUCAAAUAUUCUCGUAAUUAGAAUUAAACACAACUCGUAAGAUAAAACGCUAGUAUUACCUAUCAAAGCAUGAUGCUCUUAUAAAGUUUUGAUGCGUUGUUUUCCGCAUGAAGAAUAGUGCCUCCCCGCACUUUCUGUAGAUAAUGUAGUUUAUCUUGGUGUAAUUUCAGUGAAAUUGUGUAUACCGUAUUAAUAGUUGGUAUUUUAAUUUAAUUUAAUUUAACUUCAACUCUGCUGGAAUAGAAAUUUAUAGUAAUGUGUUUGAAAAUAGAUUGGAUUAAGUUGGCUGGCUUUGGCUGCUAUAUUGGUAUUUCCAUUUCCAGAUGCUUAACAGCAAAAUUGCCAUAAUCUGCUACCCAUUGCUAUAUAGUGGUGUAAGCAGUAUAAUUGUGUUUAAAUAAUUGUUAUAACCCUUGUAUUCCAGCCAGGUUAUUGUAAAUAAGUUAGUACUUGUCUUUAUAUAUCUAAACAAGCAGCAUGCAUGUGAGUGUAUGUAUACCAAUCCCUGGCACUUAGUGAAUGUGAAUGACUGUCUGAUGUUGCGCUGUGAUUGCAAUAGCACUGCUACUUUAAUGAAAUAAGCACAGUAUUAUAUUGAGUUGAUUAUGUAUUUUUCUGUAUACGAUACAGAAAAGAUAUAAAGAUAGAUGUUAAUAAAUCAUUGCAACCAUCAAUGUGUUGAUCCCUUGCAAAAAAAAAAAUCUUUUAUUUUGAACGCUGUUUACACCUUUUGAAACUGCAGUCUCAGCUUUUGCUUCUCAAUCAGGACAUGGUGGUGAUCUAACCCUUCAAGAUUCCUCUAAUGUUCAUUUUUCACUUCUUCGCUGACCACAGUAAUAAAUCUAAAUUCAAGGUAGUAUGAGAAAAGACAGACUUCUUUUUGAAGUGCAUUCUUUUACUUGUUCAUAAUCCAGUGUUAAUAGAUCACGUGAAAAUAAAUGAUUGAGAUAAAAUUAUUAUAUAAAAUAUGCUUUUUAGAGACUGUUAUUUGAAAAAAAGGAGGCUUUAUAUAAAGUUCAAAUCAGACUAAUCCAGAUUCGGAAAAAGGAACAAAAGUUCCCCAAAUUUCAUUUAUGAGCUGGACAAACAUGAUCUGUAGUUCUAAGUCCCAGCAAAAAAGCUACUGCAAUGCAGUAGCAGGCAAGAUUCAUUUCAUGCUUUACAUUUUAUAAUACAAAAAUUUAAAUAUAAUUCAUGGUAACCCUGAAUCAAAUUACUUACUGCCUGUCUUAAAUU